AACAUAAUCAUAAUGUUUGCUUUGUGUAGUUUUUAUUUUGCGUGUUGGCCGGAGAAACGCACCAUUCACUGUGGUCACGUACAGUUAAACGUCUCACAAAUCGAAUAUUUAUUAUCAAUAUCACCAAGGUAUCACAAGAUGUUAUAGGAUAGGCUACGCAGAGGACGGAUAUUUUUUAACUUCGAACCUCGAUACACCGUGAGAAAGUCUAAAACUAUCGGCGAAUAAAGUGUCCAGGAUUAAAUAUUUUAAAAUAUAUCUUUUAAAAAUCUUGGAGUGGCUAAUAUAGUAUAAAACCCACCAAAAGGAUUUUAGUGUGUAGUAACUCCUGUAUUAGAUGACCAUGGAACAGGCAGUGACUAAACGCGUGCUGCUAUUGUGUUGUAUUAUUCUUCAUGUCCAUGGAUCAACUUCAACAACGCCGUCUUCAACACCGGCCUGUCCUCAACUGUGUUCUGUUUGCGAGGUCGACCCAGCGACGUCAGUUGUGACCAGAGCCGAGUGUUCUUUGACCAACCCCAUCUACGUGGCCGACACCGUUCACGACUUGGUGAUCGACAGCUACAGCUUCAGAAGCAAUGAGCUAACGAGCUUUCACCUGCAAGGGAAGGUAGGGCUGGAAAGUCUUCAGGUGAGCCGUUGUAAUCUUGAGCGUAUACGUUUAGAUACAUUUAAUACUUCCCACAACAUAACACGUCUUCUCUUAGAUGGUAACAGCUUUAGUCCACUGAACAGUACAGUGCUGGACCCAGCAGCUCUGCUGCCACUCGUAAUGUUGAGAGAACUAUCUCUUGCCAACAACAGCAUUUAUUUGAUCCAGGACUUUUAUUUUAAUAUGAGUCUGACAUCCUUGCAGACACUGGAUCUGGCACUGAAUAAUUUGGCCAUUAUUGGCAAUAAUGUCUUUUCAGGCUUGGCUUCCCUUCUUGAACUGAAUCUGUCUAACAAUGGCCUAUUAGUAAUUAACAGAACCACAUUUGACUCUCUUCUUUCACUGUCUGACUUGGAUCUUUCACACAACAUGCUAGCCAGUCUUCCGAUCAACGUAUUUAGUGGAAUGCCCAAUCUUAUGGCUGUUAAUUUGCAAAACAACACGAUCAGGAAUGUUUCUGAAGAGGCCUUCUGGGGAACUAAUCUAGCAUCAAUAAACCUGCAGUCAAACUAUUUAUUUCAAGUUCCAGCAGUAGCAUUGCAGUCUGUAGCGACGACACUACGAUCUAUAAACCUGAAGGAAAAUAGAAUAUCUCAGUUACAUGCAUAUAGCCUCAGUUCUCUCAGUCUAGACCUCUUAGACUUGAGUCAGAAUUCAUUAUCAGUCAUUGAUGCAAAGGCCUUUGAAAACAGUACCAUUACCAUCAUUAAUCUAGAAAAUAACAACUUGCUAUAUUUACCACCUGACCUGCAUGCAUUUUUCUCAUCUGCACAAAGUGUAUAUCUCGGAGGCAAUCCUUGGAUCUGUGACUGCAGUUCUUUGUGGCUUGCACAGUUCAUCAGAGAUGCAGGUUCCAAUUUUCUGAAAUACAAACAGUCUGAGAAUGCUUCUGAUCCACAAUGCUAUUUUCCAGUGCCCUUUCAAAAUAGAACGCUGGGAGAGGCAGCAGUUGAUUUAGAAUCCAUGUGUCUCACUACCACACCGGCAUUUACAUCACCAACUGCAAUGGCAAAUGAUUCAUCAACUACGGCAGAGCCAUCACUAUGUCCAGAUACAUGCACUGUGUGCGAGAAGGAUCCAGUUAAUGGCAAGUUGUUCACAGCUGUCUGUUCUACAGUCCACCCAUCAUACAUCAGUGAUGAUGUGGUGCAUCUGCUUCUGUCUGACUAUUCCUUCAGAAGUGGCACACUUACUCAAAUUGAUUUGGAAAAUAAAAUACAUCUGGAAGAAGUUGGCUUAAACAAUUGUCAGCUUUCUGUAAUAACAUCUGGCGCCUUUGCAAAUUCUCAAAAUCUAACAUCACUGCAACUGAAUAACAAUAUGUUCAGUGGUAUAUCAUCAGAUAUGCUGUCGAGUGUUUCGGGGUUAAAAGAAUUGUUUCUGGAGAACAACCAAAUCUCAAACAUUGCGAGUGGAUCGUUUAAUAACAUGACGGUACUGAACAUUCUAACUCUUGCGAGUAACAACCUUACCACAAUCGAUGGUGGGGAGUUUCAAGGAUUGAUCUCUCUUGAUUACCUUAGCCUUUCAAGAAACACACUCUAUAAUAUUAGUGCAAAUGCUUUCACACCACUGACGUAUCUCCAAACUCUAGACGUCUCGUUCAAUAACUUAGUUUAUCUAGAACCAAAUCACUUUUCAUAUCUGCCCAAUCUGCAAGUUUUGAAUUUGCAAGGGAACAUGAUCACUUCCAUUUCAGACUUCUCUUUUGAUAGAACUAGGAUAGCAUCCUUAGAUCUCAAAUCAAACAAGUUAACCCAGAUUCCCACAGCAGCCAUUCGGUCUGUUGCUACAACGCUCAAAGAUCUAGAUCUAUCAGACAAUCAAAUGACACAUAUUGAUGUCAGUGCCUUUAGUUCCCUUAAUCUGGACUUACUAGACUUGAGUCAGAAUUCGUUAUCAUCCGUUGAUGCAAUUGCCUUUGAAAACAGUACCAUUACCAUCAUUAAUCUAGAAAAUAACAACUUACCAUAUUUACCACCUGACCUGCAUGCAUUCUUCUCAUCUGCACAAAGUGUAUAUCUCGGCGGCAAUCCUUGGAUCUGUGACUGCAGUUCUUUGUGGCUUGCACAGUUCAUCAGAGAUGCAGGUUCCAAUUUUCUGAAAUACAAACAGUCUGAGAAUGCUUCUGAUCCACGGUGUUAUUUUCCAGUGUCCUUGCAAAACAGAACAUUGGGAGAGACAGCCGUUGAUCUGGAAAAUAUGUGUCUUAAUUCGACUACCAACAUAACAUCCACUGACGUCACACCGAUCAUAAAUGCAUCAUCUGAAACCACAAUAGAAACGUCAACAUCUGUCAGCUAUUGUCCAUCAACGUGUUUUGUAUGUGAGCGUGAUCUUGUUACUGGUGACGUUAUUAAAGUUAAAUGCACUGGGAUAAAUCCAAUAUACAUCCCAAACACAGUGCAAGAAAUGGAACUAUCCGAUUAUCCUUUACGAUAUGGGAUUCUCAGCAGUGACAUUUUGUCAAACAAACCUAAUCUGCAAUAUCUCAUGCUUCAAAAUUUUGGAAUAAAGACAAUCACCAGUGAUGCCUUUCAUAAUGUCACUUCACUAGCGAGACUCUACUUAAAUAACAACAGUAUAUCUAAUAUUCAGUCCGGCGCUUUUCAAACCCUUGCCGAUCUCAAGGAACUUAAUUUAGCUGCCAAUUCUUUGACAAGUGUCGGUGAUAAUUAUUUCUUAGGACUAUCAAAUUUGAUGUUUUUAUCUCUUUCUGACAACUUUAUAACUAAUAUUUCAACAAAUUCAUUCAGACCUCUGGAGAAUAUAACUGGAAUAUUCCUCGCCUCAAAUCAGAUUCAUUUCUAUGAUGCAUCAGUAUUUUCUGGUUUAUCUACUUUGCGUAUGGUUGACAUGCAUAACAAUUAUCUCACCUUUGUUCCACCCACGUCCUUCUUGGGUACCUCACUCGAACUUCUGGAUCUGUCCUUUAACCAAUUACUGAAUGUUCCAGCUGAAGCUAUUAAAUACGUGUCAGGCACUCUUCAGGAUCUCCUUCUGGGCAACAACCAAAUAACAACACUAGAACCUAAUACGUUCGAAGGAUUCCAUUUCAAUUCUUUGGAACUCGGUAACAACAAUAUAUCUCUAGUGGAUACCCUUACAUUCAGUAACUGCUCAUCCAUUGUUACUGACCUUAGGCAUAAUGAACUUAAAACACUGCCCAUUGAAUUCGUGUCUUUUUACAACCAACCAUCCAGUGUUUACAUAGGGAACAAUCCUUGGUUGUGCAGCUGUGAUACGUUCUGGCUUAUACAGUUUGUUGAUGAACACGCUGCGUUAUCCAAUUUUAAUAAGUACAAAGAGUUUGAGUCCUCCCCAGAUCCUGUGUGUAGGGAACCAGCUGAAUAUAACAAUCUAGCAUUCCCACAGGUUGCACGGUCGUUAGAAUCACAGUGUAUGUCUACCACUACAGUGUCAUCAACAACUACAUAUAUGGGUCAAACAAACAUAGAUUCAAGCAUAUCAGAUAUAGCUAGCACAUACCCAAGCAUCUCUACUACAGAUCUGGGAAUAACAAACACAUACCCAAGCAUGUUCACUACAGACAAUAGCGUGUCCACCACCUAUAAUAGUGUAACUAACACCUACCCAAGCGUGUCCACCACAUAUAAUGGUGUGACUGAUACCUACCCAAGCGUGUCCACCACAUUUAAUGGUGUAACUGACACCUACCCAAGCGUGUCCUCCACAUAUCAUGGUGUGACUGGUACCAACCCAAGCGUGUCCACUACAGAUAAUAGCGUUACGAACACCUACCCAAGCGUGUCCACCACAUAUAAUGGCGUAACUAACACCUACCCAAGCGUGUCCACCACCUAUAAUGGUGUGACUGAUACCUACCCAAGCGUGUCCACCACAUAUAAUGGUGUAACUACCACCUACCCAAGCUUGUCCAACACAGAUAAUAGUGUAACUACCACCUACCCAAGCGUGUCCACCACCUAUAAUGGUAUAACUACCACCUACCCAAGCAUGUCCACCACAGAUACUGGUGUAACUACCACCUACCCAAGCGUGUCCACCACCUAUAAUGGUGUAACUAACAUCUACCCAAGCGUGUCCACCACAGAUAGUGGUAUAACUAACACCUACCCAAGCGUGUCAACUACAGAUAAUGGUGUAACUACCACCUACCCAAGCGUGUCCACCACAGACAAUGGUAUAACCACCACCUACCCAAGUGUGUCCACCAUAGAUAAUGGUGUAACUACCACCUACUCAAUCGUGUCCACGACUGACAAUGGUAUAACCACCACCUACCCAAGUGUGUCCACUACAGAUAAUAGUGUAACUACCACCUACCCAAGCAUCUCCACUACAUAUAAUGGUGUGACUACCACCUACCCAAGCGUUUCCACCACAGAUAAUGGUGUGACGGACACCUACCCAAGCGUGUCCACCACAUAUAAUGGUGUGACUGGUACGUACCCAAGUGUGUCCACCACAGACAAUGGUGUAACUACCACCUAUCCAAGCGUGUCCACCACAGAUAAUGGUGUAACUACCACCUACCCAAGCGUGUCCACCACAGAUAAUGGUGUAACUACCACCUACCCAAGCGUGUCCACCACCUAUAAUGGUAUAACUACCACCUACCCAAGCGUGUCCACCACAGAUAAUGGUAUAACAACCACCUACCCAAGCGUGUCCACCACAGAUAAUGGUAUAACAACCACCUAUUCAAGCGUGUCCACAACAGAUAAUGGUGUAACUACCACCUACCCAAGCGUGUCCACCACAGACAAUGGUAUAACCACCACCUACCCAAGUGUGUCCACCACAGAUAAUGGUGUAACUACCACUUACCCAAGUGUGUCCAUUACAGAUAAUAGUGUAAUUACCACCUACCCAAGCGUGUCCACUACAUAUAAUGGUGUAAUUACCACCUAUCCAAGCUUGUCCACCACAGAUAAUGGUAUAACUACCACCUACCCAAGCGUGUCCACCACAGAUAAUGGUGUGACUACCACCUACCCAAGCGUUUUGACCACAGAUAAUGGUGUGACUGACACCUACCCAAGUGUGUCCACCACAUAUAAUGGUGUGACUGGUACGUACCCAAGUGUGUCCACCACAGAUAGUGGUAUAACUAACAUCUACCCAAGCGUGUCCACCACAGAUAAUGGUGUAACUAACAUCUACCCAAGCGUGUCCACCACAGACAAUGGUAUAACUACCACCUACCCAAGCGUGUCCACCACAGAUAAUGGUGUAACUAACAUCUACCCAAGCGUGUCCACCACAGACAAUGGUGUAACUACCACCUACCCAAGCGUGUCCACCACAGAUAAUGGUGUAACUACCACCUACCCAAGCGUGUCCACCACAGAUAAUGGUGUAACUAACAUCUACCCAAGCGUGUCCACCACAGACAAUGGUAUAACUACCACCUACCCAAGCGUGUCCACCACAGAUAAUGGUAUAACUACCACCUACCCAAGCGUUUUCACCACAGAUAAUGGUGUGACUACCACCUACCCAAGCGUUUUCACCACAGAUAAUGGUGUGACUGACACCUACCCAAGUGUGUCCACCACAUAUAAUGGUGUGACUGGUACGUACCCAAGCGUGUCCACCACAGAUAAUGGUGUGACUACCACCUACCCAAGCGUUUUCACCACAGAUAAUGGUGUGACUGACACCUACCCAAGUGUGUCCACCACAUAUAAUGGUGUGACUGGUACGUACCCAAGCGUGUCCACCACAGAUAGUGGUAUAACUAACAUCUACCCAAGCGUGUCCACCACAGAUAAUGGUGUAACUAACAUCUACCCAAGCGUGUCCACCACAGACAAUGGUAUAACUACCACCUACCCAAGCGUGUCCACCACAGAUAAUGGUGUAACUAACAUCUACCCAAGCGUGUCCACCACAGACAAUGGUAUAACUACCACCUACCCAAGCGUGUCCACCACAGACAAUGGUAUAACCACCACCUACCCAAGCGUGUCCACCACAGAUAAUGGUGUAACUAACAUCUACCCAAGCGUGUCCACCACAGACAAUGGUAUAACUACCACCUACCCAAGCGUGUCCACCACAGACAAUGGUAUAACCACCACCUACCCAAGCGUGUCCACCACAGAUAAUGGUGUGACUACCACCUACCCAAGCGUUUUCACCACAGAUAAUGGUGUGACUGACACCUACCCAAGUGUGUCCACCACAUAUAAUGGUGUGACUGGUACGUACCCAAGUGUGUCCACCACAGAUAAUGGUAUAACUAACAUCUACCCAAGCGUGUCCACCACAGAUAAUGGUGUAACUAACAUCUACCCAAGCGUGUCCACCACAGACAAUGGUAUAACUACCACCUACCCAAGCGUGUCCACCACAGAUAAUGGUGUAACUAACAUCUACCCAAGCGUGUCCACCACAGACAAUGGUAUAACUAACAUCUACCCAAGCGUGUCCACCACAGACAAUGGUAUAACUACCACCUACCCAAGCGUGUCCACCACAGACAAUGGUAUAACCACCACCUACCCAAGCGUGUCCACCACAGAUAAUGGUGUAACUAACAUCUACCCAAGCGUGUCCACCACAGACAAUGGUAUAACUACCACCUACCCAAGCGUGUCCACCACAGAUAAUGGUAUAACUACCACCUACCCAAGUGUGUCCACCACAGAUAAUGGUGUAACUAACAUCUACCCAAGCGUGUCCACCACAGAUAAUGGUGUGACUACCACCUACCCAAGCGUGUCCACCACAGAUAAUGGUGUGACUGACACCUACCCAAGUGUGUCCACCACAGAUAAUGGUGUGACUGACAUCUACCCAAGCGUGUCCACCACAGAUAAUGGUGUAACUACCACCUAUCCAAGCGUGUCCACCACAGAUAAUGUUGUAACUACCACCUACCCAAGCGUGUCCACUACAGAUAAUGGUAUAACCACCACCUACCCAAGUGUGUUCACUACAGAUAAUGGUAUAACUACCACCUACCCAAGCGUGUCCACCACAGAUAGUGGUAUAACUAACACCUACCCAAGCGUGUCAACUACAGAUAAUGUUGUAACUACCACCUACCCAAGCGUGUCCACCACAGAUAAUGGUAUAACCACCACCUACCCAAGCGUGUCCACCACAGAUAAUGGUAUAACUACCACCUACCCAAGCGUGUCCACCACAGAUAGUGGUAUAACUAACACCUACCCAAGCGUGUCAACUACAGAUAAUGGUGUAACUACCACCUACCCAAGCGUGUCCACCACAGAUAAUGGUGUAACUACCACCUACCCAAGCGUGUCCACCACAGAUAAUAGUAUAACAACCACCUACCCAAGCGUGUCCACAACAGAUAAUGGUGUAACUACCACCUACCCAAGCAUGUCCACAACAGAUAAUGGUGUAACUACCACCUACCCAAGCGUGUCCACCACAGAUAAUGGUGUAACUACCACCUACCCAAGCGUGUCCACCACAGAUAAUGGUGUAACUACCACCUACCCAAGCGUGUCCACAACAGAUAAUGGUGUAACUACCACCUACCCAAGCGUGUCCACAACAGAUAAUGGUGUAACUACCACCUACCCAAGCGUGUCCACCACAGAUAAUGGUGUAACUACCACCUACCCAAGCGUUUCCACCACAGAUAAUGGUGUAACUACCACCUACCCAAGCGUGUCCACCACAGAUAAUGGUGUAAUUACCAUCUACCCAAGCGUGUCCACAACAGAUAAUGGUGUAACUACCACCUACCCAUCCACAACCACCACCAGCAUUCCACCAUCCACAACCACCACCAAUAUUGUACCAUCCUCAACAACCAGCAUGCCAUCUUCCACAACCACCACCAGCAUACCAUCAUCCACAACCACCACCAGCAUACCAUCAUCCACAACCACCACCAGCAUACCACCAUCCACAACCACCACUAGCAUACCAUCAUCCACAACCACCACCAGCAUACCACCAUCCACAACCACCACUAGCAUACCACCAUCCACAACCACCACCAGCAUUCCAUCAAUAACAUCCACCACCAGCAUACCAUCUUCCACAACCACCACCAGCAUUCCAACAUCCACAACAACCACCAGCAUACCAUCAUCCACAACAACCACCAGCGUACCAUCAUCCAAAACCACCACUAGCAUACCAUCAUCCACAACUACCACCAGCAUUCCACCAUCCACAACCACCACCAGCGUUACAUCAUCCACCACCACCAUCAACAUGCCAUCAUCCACAACCAUUACCAACAUACCAUCAUCCACAACCACCACCAGCAUUCCAACAUCCGCAACAACCACUAGCAUUCCAACAUCCACAACCACAACCAGCAUUCCAUCAUCCACAACCACCACCAGCAUUCCAACAUCCACAACAACCACCAGCAUUCCAACAUCCACAACCACAACCAGCAUGCCAUCAUCCACAACAACCACCAGCAUUCCAACAUCCACAACCACAACCAGCAUAUCAUCAUCCAGAACAACCACCAGCAUUCCAACGUCCACAACCACCACCAGCAUUCCAACGUCCACAACCACGGCUGUUUCUGGCAUGACUAAGAGCACAGUGAGUACCGUGCCUGGAACGUCCACAGGAACAACGAUUGGUGCAGUGCUCGGUUCGCUUGGUGCCCUGUCGGCGCUGGGCGCACUAGUGUUUGCAUUUCGAAAAUGCAAUCUGUACGCCAAGCUGUGUCGCAGAAAGUCCCUAUUGCCUAGACACACACCACCCAACUCUGUUCAGCCGACACCGUCGUCCGCCAAUCCAGUAUCAAACACUAGUGCAGCGACCAGAGCAGACCCAGGACAUGCCAAACAGACCGAGUGUAAGAACGAUGACAAGACGUCAAAUACGAAAGAUGACCAGACGACAGAUAAGAAAGAUGACAAGACGUCAAAUAAGAAAGAUGACCAGACGACAGAUAAGAAAGAUGACAAGACGUCAAAUAAGAAAGAUGACCAGACGACAGAUAAGAAAGAUGACAAGACGUCAAAUAAGAAAGAUGAGAAGAAAAGGUCAGGAUCUCAUUCGUCGAUCAGAAGCAAUCCUUCCUUACCGCCAGUCGAGAUAUAA